AAUGUAUGAAAAUCAAUGGAAAAAAUCUGAGCAUCAUCUCCAGCUCAGUUUAUAUCAUUUCCUUCAUCUUUCACAUGUUUCUCAAGAUUUUUUUCUUGAGUUUUAUGUUGGUUUGAAUCAAUUUUCUUAACUAAUCUUACAAAUGGUAUUAGAGCCCAUUUCUUGGGGGAUCUGUGAGUGUAGUGAGAGUGUGUAAACAUGACUUGUGGUGAGGGAGAGAAGUCUGUGAUUCAGCAAAUAGAACAAUGUCCCGAAACAAUUCUAGUUCACUUUCAAAUCCACCUCUGUUCAUAGGGGAAAAUUACAGCAUGUGGUCAGUGAAGAUGAAGGUUUUCUUGAAAGGAAAUAGUGUUUGGGAUUCAGUGGAUAAUGGCUUUCAUCUUCCUCAUAUUGCUAACAAUCCUACUGUUGCUCAGUUAAAAAAUCAUUCAGAGUAUGUAGAAAAGGCUUACCAUGCACUUUCACACAUCCAUAGUGGUGUUGUAGAUUCACUUUUUCCAAGGAUCACGGGUGCAGAAACAACAAAGGAAGCAUGGGAUACUCUGAAAAAUGAGUUUGAAGGUGAUACAAGAGUGAAAGGUAACAAUGUUAUCACACUCAAGAGACAAGUUGAGAUGCUGAAAAUGUCAGAAGAUGAAACCAUUCACCAAUAUUCAACCAAGCUACAAGACUUGGUGAAUCGAAUCAAGGCAAAUGGUGGUGAGUUUCCAGACAAGAAGGUUGUUGAGAAGAUCAUGGUGAGUGUUCCAAACAAGUUCGAGUCCAAAACUUCAACCAUUGAAGAAACUUGUGACUUGGAUACAAUGACUGUUAAUGAGCUUAUCAGCAAGUUGAAAACUCAUGAACAAAGAUUGAAUCUAAAAGGUCAAGUUGCUGCAACUGAAGCCUGUCAACUUGAAAAGCUGCAUAGACAAGCUUUUCUAGUUAAUCAAGCAUGGAGAGCCACUGAAAAGCUUGAACUUGUUCAUACCAUCAUCUGUGGACUUAUGAAAAUAGUGUCACUCAACAGCAACAAGUAUUUCAUGUUGUUUAUUGAUGAUUUUACGGGGAUGACUUGGGUGUAUUUUCUGAGCAACAAAAAUCAAGUUUUCUCAAUGUUCAAGAAGUUCAAAGCCUUAGUUGAAAACCAGAGUGGCUGCAAAAUCAAGACCUUGAGUAAUGUUCCAAAUGUAAAAAGAACCAAGUUGGACCAAAAAGGAAAUGUUGGCACCUUUGUGGGCUAUGCAACUCAAUCCAAAGGUUGUAGGGUGUAUGAUGUGCAUUCUAAGAAGAAGGAUGAUGUUGAUGGAACCAGAAUUGCUAAUUCAAAUUUAAAUGGGAGAAUUGCUGAUACGAAGGAUCAUUCUCCUAUAUUCAAAACAAAGUCUUUAGAGGAAAUUUAUGAGCAAUGCAGUUUUACAAUAGAUGAACCAUCUAAUUAUGCAGAACCAUCCAAGCAUGAAGAAUGGAGAAAUGCAAUGCAGGAAGAGCUUAUUGCAAUUGAAAAAAAUGGUACUUGGUCACUUACUCCUAAACCAAAAGACAAAAAUGCUAUAGGAGUUAAGUGGGUGUAUAAAUCAAAGUUAAAUGCUGAUGGUUCUUUGAACAAACACAAGGCUAGGCUUGUGGUAAAAGGGUAUGCACAGCAACCUCAAGUUGAUUUUGGAGAGACAUUUUCUCUAGUAGCUAGGCAUGAUACUAUAAGGCUUCUCUUGGCCUUAGCUACUCAAAAGAAAUGGAAGGUUUGUCAUUCAGAUGUCAAAUUUGCUUUUUUCAAUGGAUUUCUAGAAAAGGAGUUAUAUGUUGAACAACCAAAAGAACAAGGAUUUCAAAGAAGUGAAACGGAAUUCACUCUUUAUGCUAAGGGUGGAAAUCUUGAUUCUCAGUUGCUAGUCUCUCUCUAUGUUAAUGAUGUUUUGGUGACUAGAGGAAACACUAAACUCCAAAAAUUCAAGGCUUCCAUUCAGAAUGAAAUUGAAAUGACAGAUUUGGGAGAGAUGAAAUAUUUUCUUGGAAUGGAAGUGAUGCAAUGCAGCAACGAAAUCUUUGUUUCACAAGAGAAAUAUGCCAAGGACACUCUUAAGAAGUUUAGAAUGGAUAAAUGCAAGCCAAUUGCCACUCCUCUUACACAGAAUCUGAAAUUGUCUAAGGAAGAUGACAGCUUGAAGUGUAACACUUCAUUUUAUUGAAGUUUGAUUGGGAGUUUGCUCUAUCUUACAGCAACAAAGCUUGAUCUUAUGUUCGCUGCCAGUCUAUUAUCAAGGUACAUGACUUCUCCAUCUCAAACUCAUUUCAGUGCUACUAAAAGAGUUUUGACAGAUGUAAAUGAAACUAUUAAUUAUGG